AUGCACUGGCUCGUAUCACUACUCUCUGCCGCCGCUAUAUUUUGUCAACAAGCGGCCAGCGAUCCAACGCCGAAAUAUAAUCCUCUCCCGCCCCUCCGUGAGCAAGCCAGCAUCCAGGAUGCCUGGACCGACGAGCGCAAGGCGGGCAUCCCCGCCCUCCUCAAGAAACACGGCGUCGACGCCUGGCUGAUAAGCCAACGGGAGUACGCCGAAGAAACAGUCUUUUGGUCCCUCAAACCGGCAUCAACCUUCUCCGCCCGGCGCCGCACAACUUGCCUUUUCCUCGCUAAACCCCUCGGCUCCGCCAACUCCUCUGGCGGCACCACCACCGCCACCCUCCCACAGCAACCCGGCUGCAUCAUAGGCUGGACCGCAGACGUCUGGGCGACGCUCAAAUCCCAGCUCGAAGCCGCGAACCCAGCCACCAUCGCCGUCAACGCGCACCCGGAAAUCGCCUUCGCCAGCGGCCUGCACGCGGGCGAGUAUCAGGCCAUGGCCUCCGGGCUCGGCGGCGAGUGGACCUCGCGCAUGGUCGUCAAGCCCGAGAUCGCCGUCGAGUUCAUCUCGGCCCAGCCCGCGUCCAAGAUGCCGCGGUACAGGAAGAUCAUGGAGACGGCUUGGGCGAUGAUUGCCAAGGGAUUCAGCGAGGCGGUUGUCGUGCCGGGGAAGACGACGACGGGGGACCUGGAGUGGUGGUUCCGGGAGGAGAUCCUGGCGCACAACUUCUCGACGUGGUUUCAGCCGAGUGUGAGCGUCGUCGAUGAGGCGCUGCCUUGGACUAUGAGGUUGGAGACGACUGCUGAUGAAGGUGCGGGAGGCAGGAUCAUUCAGUAUGGGGACAUGCUCCAUGUUGAUUUUGGGUUGACGGCUAUGGGGCUGAACACAGAUACGCAGCAUCUCGGAUACGUGCUUCGCCCCGACGAGACUGAUGUGCCUCAAGAUCUGAAGGACGGCUUAAAGAAGGGUAACAAGCUUCAAGAUAUCGUGAGGCGAAACAUUGCUGUCGGUAAGACGGGUAACGAGAUGCUCAAGGCGUCGCUGGGAGAGAUGCACGCUGAGGGCAUUGAGGGACGGGUCUACUCACACCCAAUUGGGGACUGGGGACAUUCUGCUGGUCCUCUUAUCGGAAUGACCAACAUGCAAGAGUAUGUCUCGGCGGCUGGCGAAUUGGCUGCGAUCCGUAGUAUGUGGUUCAGCGUAGAGCUUCUCGUCGAGCAUUACGUACCUUCGAGGAACACGACCCUUUGGUUUGCCCUGGAGGAGGACGUGUACUGGGCUGGCGAGGAAGAGGGAUGGCAAUGGGUCUACGGCCGACAGGAGGAGUUCCAUCUGGUGAAGGCGGCGAAGCAGCAACAGACGUCGGAAGAGUUGUGA